UGUGACAAGCCUAACCAACAACACCCCGUUCCGUCAAAUCUAGAUUCUGCCCUAGAAUCGAAUAUGAUGGCUCUUGAUAUAGAUCCGCUGGAUGUUGACAUUGAUCCGCGGAUAUUAGGAAUAGUGGAUGUUGGCCUAGAUCCGAAGAAGACAUUGGAUUUUGCCGUACUUCAAAUUCUCCGCUGCCGCUUCAUCCUACCGCCUGGAAGACCUACGAAGGAGUUUCUUAAAGUCUUGAAAAGCAAUCGUGGCGUGAUUCUUCCUCCGCUAAAUGUCAUUCGCCACAAGAAAAAGGAUCUUGUGGAAACCGCAUGGGGUUGGAAGAGGCUGUUGCCGUGGAUGCGUGGUUCUGUUCUCUUCGAGGAUUAUUUUACUUACCUUCAGCAGUAUUAUCAGAAGAAUAUCAAAGGUGUUUAUGAAUCUUUCAAGCUGGAAGACCAGAACUUUGAAGAUCCUUCUGCAGUUGCACAUCUCAACGCUGCAGCAGCCACUGGGUGUUUGGAGGCAGAGCAUAUGUUAUCUGGCAUCCUUGAUGACGAUCCUGAACUGAAUAAAAAGAUAGUGGAAGAAGCAAGUCGUUUCGAGAAUGGAGCUUCUACACUCACUGUUCCAGCAACAUCCAUCGUUCCAGCUGCUUGCUUUAUGUGUAUCACGGAGGAGGCUAAGUUGAUGUAUGUAUUGUGCACCACGAAGGCUGAUGAGUUUCCAGUUGAACUGAGGCAAGAGAAACUUGAGUUUUGCACUGAGGUCCGGCGGGUUGCCUUAUAUUUUCUGACCACAGGGCAUGAAAAUGGAGACUUCUACUGCACAUGCUCACUUGCUUGCUCCAGAAGCUAAGCGAGCCGAGCAAAAGCUUUACCUUUCUGAAGAAAUCCGACAUAGUUUGCUGAAACUUUUGAUCCUUAUUCAAGAACGAUUUCCUCCUGGAUCUCAUAUCGACUAUGAUCCGAUUGCACGUGUUCGUACUGCUUUGAAGAAGCACCAAUCAAAUGAGGUUUCUCCUGAUGAUAUUCCCAUUCCUAAAACUCUCACCAACAGUGCUGCUCCAUUGCCACGGAACCUAUCUGAACCAUGCAAUGAAUCUGAAAGUGCAGAUGUGAUUGCUGGCAGUCCUAACAACAUUGUUUUGGGUGCCACUCCAUCAUGGUCUCUAUCUGAUUAUGAAUCUGACCAAAGCAACACGAGCGGCAAGACAAGGAAGAGCAUUGGAGGGAUCUUAGACAGUGUAACUCUGGAGGAUUUGGGUAUUCAUAUUACCAGUGGUGACGUUGUGGCUCAUGCUGAUACCAUACCUGUUCACUCGAGUGGCGAAUCUGAUGACAAAAAUAACAAGGACAAAAAGAGAAGCAAAAGCGCUGUAAAGAUCCAGGGCAUGCUAGGAAAUGCAGAUGAUGAGAGCUGAUAAUCGUAAUGAAGGAGCAGCGCUGAUAAUAAUCUACUAAAAAGAUUGGCCAAGUCGACAUAGACUAUCUCUUGGGCUGCAGUACUUUGUGUUAUAGUAAACGAUUUUAUCCACCCAAGCUGAACCCUAUUGUUUUUGGUGUUAAUCUCUCCUUUGUGCUGCAGUGUUGUUCACUGGUGUCCUACAUUUCCUGUGUUUUUGAAUCAAAUAUGCUUGGUUCUAUCUACUGAAUUGAGUCAAAUAUGCUUAGUUUUAUGAGUUUGAACUGCAGAGAAGCCUCGUCUACCAAUCAGUGUUAGGCCCUCAGUGGCCGGUUUGGCAUGCUUUUUAGGUGGUUCUGAGUCAGCCACUUACAGGUGUAGCUGCUUUAAAUUACUUUUUGUUAUGGGGCAUAUGUAUUCAUAUGCCACCAUUGUACAUGCCCUUAUCUGGUUAAAAACAUCGCCUCGAGCACCAU